AGUGCUGCUGUUAAGUGGGAGGUUAGCAGACAACAGAGGCACUCCACUGCUGAGUGUCUCUCUGCAUCAGUGUUCGUUCCUGUGGAGGACUUAACUUGGUCUGUCUGCACCCACGAGGAUUUACAGUGCACUGGCUUCAUGAGUGUACAAACAGAGGAUGAAAUGGAAAGAGACAGGUGACAGAUGGGGAGAGUUUUCUACCAUGAGGUGAAGUCUUGUAACGACAGUGCUGAGGAACCCGAGUAAACGGAUUACCACAUUGGUGUGGCCUGCAGCAGAAAGUUAAUCUGUAAAUCAGAUUGGGAACGUCCACACUGACAUCAAUCUGACUUUGAAUAAUCAUCUGUUCAAGUGAAAAGCCACCAAACCAUCUGGACCAUCUGGCCUGAAGUCGUGAUUCCUCCUGAUGGUCAGUGUGCUGAGCGAGGUGGCAGAGGACGUGCAGAACUUGUGGCUGUAUUUCUGGAAUAAAAAAGGAAAAAGAUGGCAGUUAUGUACAGAUCUCCCUUUCUGGAAAACAAGGAAUUAGUGGCUCUGUACGGAGGGGAAAGAGACUGUUACUUUGACAAGGAUGAAGACUGCAUCAGUGAGGAAUAUGAGCUGGAGUCAGAGUCCAGUGAGGAAGGCAAAGGCGGGAGAGGCAUUCGCAGCUCCCUGUCUCUGGAAAUCUACGGCCUGCAGAGGGAGCAACAUGUUCACUUCUCCAACCAGGAAUACUACAGGAGGCUGGAAGACCUGAAGAGCAAUCACCUGAGGAACAUGGCAGAGCUGGAGAGGAUGUACAUUAGCCAGGGCAAGGAAAGGAAUGGAGGGGGUGAUGAUGGAUGUCUGGAAAGAAACAAAGACGCCAGACAGUUACUCAGUGGCCCUGCCAGGAGACUCCAGAGGAUCAAUUCCCAGGAGGAGCUGGACUUUCAUGAGUCUUCAAGUAGCUCUGACCACUCAGAGCACUGUGGAGAGGACAGCAUGGGGGAGCUGGCCUGGACUCCCAGCCAGGAGCGAAUCUUUGAGAGAGAUGUCCUGCUGAGCCCAGAGAGGAUGAUGAACCAGAACCAGUUCAGGUUCCAGCCCACAUCCUCCUCUCCAAAAUCACAGGGUAGAGUGUCCAAGGUCACUGUGCCCAAACCCUUCCAAAUGAUGCUGAGAGAAGAGGAGAGGAAGAAGCACAAGGUGCGGACACGUUCAGAGAUCGAGUUGGAGAACAUGCUGCUGAGACGGGAGCUAGAAGAGCUCAGAGAAUGCCAGAAAAAAUUCCGGGCAUCACCUGCUCCGGCACACAUACACCUGCCUCUCUAUGAAAUUAUCAGCCGUCGCAAUAGUCAGCGGUCCGACCAAAGCAGAAGCAGCAGCAAAAAAAACAGGAACCCUGAUGCGAACAACAACCAGACCUCUACUGCAGUCUUACCACAGCCUUUCCAUUUCUUGGAAAGAGAGAGGAGGAAGAGGGAGGCAAAGAUUGUGGAAGAGCUUGGAAACUUUGGUCAGAAAAUGGAGCGGCAGACCUUCAAGGCAAGACCAUUGCCCAUAUCUAUUUAUGGCACCAGACACAGAGAGGGCCCCAUGACCACAAGCUGCAGCCUCCAGUCUCAAAAGUUCUACAUGCUGGAAAGAGAGGCUAAUGAUGGCCAAAGUGAUCAAAGCUCAGACCCGGAGCUGGAUAUGCAGCAGUCUGACUCCUCUCUCAACUCCUGCACGUCUCAGAGAAGUCUUUUCUCCAAGCCAGUGAAGAAGCAAAUAGAGCUGUCCAUUGAGAUGGUGAAACAGAGGGAGAGGCCCAACGCUGACCCCAGCAGCUGCAAGAGCUGGGUGGCCCAGAGCUUCUGCUGAGCAAGCAAAGUGACUACAUCAGUGUGUGAGAAAGUGUUAAAAGCUCACAGCAAAAGGGAGAAUAGCAGCAGCUACAAUUACACUGUUUUUAUGUUAGUUUUACAAUGCAAGCAAAUCAACAUGGUUGCUCUUUAGCCAGCAGUAAAACACAGUUAAAGCAAUGCAUGGUUAAAGUAUUUCCAGUUAAAGCAUGUGUUAUUUUUAUAGUACAUUUGUAGAAUAGUUGUUUUAGUGGAGAAUACAAAAAUACAUUCACUGUUUUCUGC